CUGCACAGAGAGGAGGCAGUGCUGCUCCAGUCACUCUGCUCUCUGCAUGUGCCUCUUCCACUCUCCAGCCUCUCCUGCACAUGCAAACCAAGGCAGGCAGGGACGGCGAGCCUGGGAUCAGCAGCUGCAAGCCGGGAGCCCUCUGCUGCUCUCCAGCUUCACACAGGGUUCCUUUGGGAAGACAUGAAGUGACAUUUCCUACUUGGUGCCAGGACCCCUUCGCGCCAGCCUCCCGGGGAAUCUUUACAGAAAUUUUCGACUUGGCAAAGGCCAAAGUAUCGGCAAUGGAUCUGCACCGGGCUGCCUUUAAGAUGGAGAACUCUUCCUUCCUGCCCAAUCCGCUGGCGUCGCCGGCCUUGAUGGUCCUGGCUUCCACGGCCGAAGCCAGCCGGGACGCCUCCAUUUCCUGCCAGCAGCCCAGACCCUUCGGGGUGCCGGUGUCGGUGGAUAAGGAAGUACAUAUCCCGUUUACCAAUGGCUCCUACACGUUUACCUCCAUGUACCACCGCCAGGGUGGCGUCCCCGGGGCAUUUUCCAACCGUGAUUUUCCCCCUUCCUUACUCCACCUCCACCCCCAGUUUGCCCCUCCGAACUUAGACUGCUCCCCAAUCAGCAUGCUGAAUCACAGCGGGGUGGGCGCCUUCCGGCCUUUCACGUCCCCCGAGGAGCGGGAGAGUUACCAGUCCGCCUUCACCCCGGCCAAGCGGCUGAAGAGCUGCCAUGACACAGAAUCUCCUCACCUGCGCUUUUCUGACGCCGACGGGAAAGAGUACGAGUUUGGGGCUCAUGUCCAAACGGGCUCCCCAGGGGGACUUAAAGUGGACGAUUCUGGGAAAAAACUGUUUGCUGUCUCCGGCCUUAUAUCAGACCGAGAAACGUCAUCGAGCCCGGAGGAUCGUAAUGAGAGGUGUAAGAAGAAGGUCGCGCUAUUUGACAGCCAGGCCCCAAUCUGUCCGAUAUGCCAGGUGCUACUGCGUCCCGGAGAGUUACAAGAACAUAUGGAACAGGAGUUGGAUAAACUAAUGCAGGUCAACAUCAGUAAGAAUGCAAUACACAAGGACGGCAUGGCUCCGGGAACACCAAAGUCAAUGCUGUUAUCGGCUUCUAUCAAGCGGGAAGGGGAAUCGCCGACGGCUUCACCGCACUCCACGGAUGACAUUCACCAUUCGGACAGAUACCAGACCUUCCUGAGGGUGAGAGCCAACCGACAGACCCGGCUGAAUGCCCGGAUUGGGAAGAUGAAACGGCGAAAGCAAGAUGAGGGACAGGUAUGUCCACUCUGCAGUCGGCCGUUGUCUGGAUCGGAGGAGGAGAUGAGUAGACAUGUGGAACUGUGUCUGGCUAAGAGAGAGUCCAGCAUGAAUGAAGAUGACUCUGUAGACAUUGAAAAUGAGAACGGUCAUCGGUUUGAAGAGUAUGAAUGGUGCGGACAGAAGAGGAUUCGAGCCACAACCCUGUUGGAAGGCGGAUUCCGCGGAUCCGGUUUUAUAAUGUGCAGCAGUAAAGAAACGCACGACAGCGACGCCGACUUGGACGUUGACGGCGAUGACACACUGGAAUACGGCAAAGCACAGUACACGGAAGCGGACAUUAUCCCAUGCACUGGGGAGGAGCCUGGAGAAGCCAGGGAGCGAGAGGCACUUCGAGGAGCGGUAUUAAAUGGUGGUACACCCAGCACCAGGGUAACAACGGAAUUCUCAAAGUGGGCCAGUGAUGAAAUGCCGUCAACGAGUAAUGGAGAGAGCUGUAAACUGGAGGCCAUGCAGAAAACAUGCAAGAACAGCGACAUAGAAAAGAUCACAGAAGAGUCGACAGUGACAACGUUUGAAGCAUUAAAGGCACGUAUCCGGGAGUUGGAGAGACAGCUGUCCCGAGGGGACCGCUACAAAUGCCUCAUUUGCAUGGAUUCGUACACAAUGCCCCUGACGUCCAUUCAGUGCUGGCACGUGCACUGCGAGGAAUGCUGGCUGCGCACUUUGGUAAGGCUCGGGGCCAUUUCACAGCCGUUCUGGGUGGAGAUGACGAGGUCUGACCCGUCCCGGCUCUCCGGCUCUCAUGUCAUCUCUGCGGCUGCUGACCCUCUCCUCCACACCGUGCCGUGGCUGAGUAGGUCCAUUGAGGGAUCCAAGAACUCGGUACUUAUCUUAUCCAGAGUUCAUUCACCUCUUCAGGAGCGUUUGAUGGUGGCGGUGGUGGCGGUUGUUGCUGCUGCUGCACCCAUUGUGGAAGUUGGUACCUUUCAGCACCUCUCCCUCCCACAACAGGGACCGGACCUCUUACUGCCCCUUGGAGGUACAUUAGACCUUCUGUCCACCAAGUGCUGUUUCCUGGCUCCUCCAUUGUGGUCCAUUGAGGGAUCCAAGAACUCGGUACUUAUCUUAUCCAGAGUUCAUUCACCUCUUCAGGAGCGUUUGAUGGUGGCGGUGGUGGCGGUUGUUGCUGCUGCUGCACCCAUUGUGGAAGUUGGUACCUUUCAGCACCUCUCCCUCCCACAACAGGGACCGGACCUCUUACUGCCCCUUGGAGGUACAUUAGACCUUCUGUCCACCAAGUGCUGUUUCCUGGCUCCUCCAUUGUGGUUCCUGAGAGCCAUCGCUGAGCUCCCUGGGGGAGAGUUGUGGCAUUACCGGCUUGCAGGUCAGCUUUGCCUAGGAUCUCUCGUGAUGCCGAUUCCUCCCCCGAAGACCCGAGCGGUCACAUCUGCACAUUUUGGGCGCGUUACUGAACGCGUCAUCCGGCGCAAUUCACCGUAA